UCCAAUAUUAUAUGGCAUGCCUAUUUUUGUAGCUUGGCCUCUAUAAUUCAAUAAGUUUGAAAAUGGGGAAAGAUGUAAAAGAAAGCCCUGGUUUAACCUCAAUCCAGUUAGGGUGAAAUGGUGAACCCAAUUCAGUUUUGUUCUGUUAAUUUGGGCAGAGCCACCACAUGAGUUAUGUUCUGUUAGUUUGGCAGAGGCAUCACAUUUCAUCUUAGAUCUCAUCUCUGGUGGUGGCCUGGUACAAACUUGUUGCCAGUACUAUUACAUGUCUGUCUGCAUGUCCUUAUGAUAAAUACAUUGAAUUCUGGUUGCAUGAAACGAGUUUUUUCCAUCAUGUAUCUUGAUUGGCAUCAUAUUCUUAAAAGCUUUCAAAAUCAGCUCAUGAGUGUAUUAGAAAUGUAUAUCCAUUCAAUAUUCUACAUUUCUUUUGAUGUAUGGAGUAGACCUGUCACUUAUUUCAUAGUUGUAUGAACUGAUUUAUAUGUCUAAUUGUUUAGUGAGAGAACUUCAUAAUAAAUUUGGAACUUGGUUAGGUGCCAACUAUAAUAGUGAAACAUCAGUCACCAUUCAGGUGGUAAUAGAAAUACAUUGUUUUAUUGAUCAGAGAUCUGAGAUGGAAGAAUUAGUUGCAGAAAAACAGGAAGUUGUUUCUCAGUUGCAAGAGAAUUACCAGAAAUUGGAGGAUUCUGUAAUUGCUGCGAAGAAGCUAACUUCACGUCGUCACAUACAAUUAACCAAGCUGCAUAAAUGUUAUCUGCACAUGAGAGACUGUGAUGAGAGAUUCAAACAAGCGGAACAAGAACUCCAGUGGCUUGUGGAUUCAACUGCAACUGAGUUGGGAAACGGCGGGGGAGGUGUUGGUGAUGACAUAAUCACAAAUGGGAGGGCUUGA